AUGGGGUGUGGUGCAUCGCAGCAAUCGCGCCAAUCCUCUGCGGCCGUUGUGCCUGAACCGCCUGCGCCAAAUCACCAGGUUCAGGAAGAGGCCGCAGCUCCGGCUCCUGUCGAGGCUCAGGCAGCAUCGGCAGGGGCUCCCAACCAGCAAGCCGAGGCCGCUACUCCUGUAAAGACCCAGGCCCCUUCGGCCGUGGAAGGGGUACAGAACUUCGAUCCUUUCAAGGCAGCUGUGGAGCGCAACGCGCAGUAUGUGAAGGAGCAUAAGCCGUUGAUGGCCUCUCGACAAGAUGAGCAGAGUCAGGUCUUCAAGAUCGAAGCAGCAUUUAGAUCCCUGGACAAGGACCACAGUGGCUUUCUCGAUGAAACGGAGGUCUCGCAGGGGCUGCAGAACGCUGGCAUCGAUCCUCCGGCCGACAUGGCCGCCUUCAUGACGGAGGUUGACACAAACAGCGACGGCAAAGUUGACCUCACCGAGUUCAUCCGUGUAGCAGGGAAGCUGCUGGACCCCAAAAUGGGCAACGCACUGAAGUCUCAUGCAAACCACCGGCGCUGGAUGGAGAUGAUCGCAAAGAGCUCAGGAAUCCCUCAUGUACCAACAGUGAAGGGCGAAGCAGAUGGCGAGGUGAAGGAAGCCGACCGUCAGAAUGUCGCAGACCUGAUGAACUCUCGCAGUUGGGAUAACUUGUACGACCUCUUUGACGACAAUGUGCAAGCAGCGUUCCCGAAGGACCAGUAUCUUCAGGCCAUGAAUCAUUGGGUCAGAAGCAACACCGUGGUUUCGCUCCCCGGCGGCGACGAGGGCUACUGGUUCAAUUACUUACUCACAACUCAAACGGUGGUCUCCGUCUCGAAACAAACCAUCGCAUUCAUGUUGGUGAACGGUAAAAUCAUCGGCAUCAACCCAGGAGCCCAAGCGGAAUCCAUCCCUAUUCAGGACCCGCUCAGCAUUAAGUACGGCGUGUAUUUUGAUACACAAAACGCCACGCCGCACCACAACAAGUGGCACGCAAAAAUCGGUACUGGAGACGAGUACCUUGUUGUUUGGCCGAAACCGUCGGCGCCCCACCAGAAGUUCGAGAUAUUCAGCUUCUACCUUGAACGGGAUGGACAGAAGAUUGAUUUGGAGAUGCUGGAUCUGACAGAGGAAAGUGCUGAAGUGCAGCCGCCUCACAACCACGUACACGUUGCGAAGGCUGUUGGACCCGGCACGAUCAUCAUCGAGAUCAAAUAUGUGCACCUGCCACGGCGGGUGGAAGUGUACAACGAGGCCACUCCGCAGAAGUACUUUGUAGAGGACACGCAGCCGCUGGAAGAGCAGUACAAGCCCAAGCUCAUGCCACACGGGGCGAAGUGGCAAGAAUUCUGCAUGAAGGGUGACAUUACGUGGCACAAGGACACGGAGAACAUCAUCAUGUUCGCGCAGCGCGCUUGGAAGCACAUCGCAUCAAACCACCGGUACGACAACUCGGCGGAGACUUCGGCACGCAUGACACUGGACGACAUCGUGGAGGGCGGGCUAUCGCACUGCGUGCAGCGGUCGAUCAUGUUCAACACGGUCAUGACAGCCAACGGUAUCGACUCUCGCUACAAUGUGACGAACGCGCAUACAUUUCCCAACAUCCUUAUUCCUGGCUGUGGCUGGGUGCCAAUGGAACCCACAGGAGACAUAUGGGACAUGUGCGAUAACUGUGACUGCAAUGACCACGUGAUCUACAUCGGUUCGGUCCCGCAACUGACCCUGAACACUCUGGGCAUCCAGGACCACCUGCUCGCCGAGGCAAAGAAUAAACUCACGCGGUGCUUCAAUGAGAAGGACGACCUGAAGGGCGAGAUCGGCGAUGCCUUGAUGGCAUACUGGCCGACCUCGUACGAGCAGUUCAAGAACUUCGGCAAUGUGACUUUCGUGAAGGAGGGGGUGUUUAAACACAAGCUCGGCCCGGACAUCCUGCCGGCAUGGAUGGGUGUCACCCCGCCGCCUGUCGUGUACCUUGUCUGCACGUUUGCGAAUCUCGGCGGCAAGGAAUUCUGCUUCCAGCUGUGGCUUGACUGCGGCAAAAUCACCGGGAUGAUGCUAGUCGGCCCGGAGGAGUUCGACAAGAAUGCGGCCGAGAGCGAGGAAGCCCCGACACCCGCAGCCAAGGGGUUCGGCGGGAACAACCCGCACCUGAUCAACUUGAAGCUCGGGAAGGAUAACAAACCAGCAAAGUUCUACUGGGAAGACGUGCUCGCAUCGCCGGGCAAGGUCCAGCUAUCACCCAUUGAAGCCUGGUCGAACCAGUUCGGGUACAACUACGAGUAA